UUUUGCGACCACAUUGUUCAUGUUGACCAGUUGACUGUUUUUAUAGCACCGUUAUACGAUGGGCGAUAUGAACAGAAAUUCUAAUCUCUACAUAGAAGCAGCGAGAGUUUUACACGAUAUAUAUGAGAAAAAAGGAUCAAUCAAAACCUGCGUACACAGAUCUUCCUUUCAGGAGAAACAGAUGUUAACAGCUUUGGUCAGUCAGACCUUGAGGUUUGCAAAAGUUUUGGAAACGGUUGUGAAGCGGACGAAACUUCUGGAGAACAACAGGCUACUUUGGAAUGAUGGGAUGCUGGCCAGAGUUCUACUGUACGAUUUCAUGAUUGGGCCAGGUCUUUACAAACCAGGAAGGUUAAAGGUGGUGAUGGUGAAAAACAAGGAGAUAAUUACCAGCGAAUUUGACCGACUUCUGACUGCGUAUGGAGUAAAUGAGUGCUCAGAGCUGCCAAGUUCAACAACAGAGGCCCUGCCUCGUUAUGUCAGAGUUAACCUGAUCAAAACUUCCGUGGACGAAGUCAUUAAUUCUUUUGUGGACAAGGGAUGGACAUUGCUUCAUGUACCGACAGAUUUUUCCAGCUUCAAAGAGGUUUGCCAAAAUUUGGAUGAGAACCAGUUUUUGAGGGAUUUCCAUCUUGACGACCUGCUAGUUUUCCCUGCACACACAGAUUUUCAUGACUCAAGACUUGUCCAGGACGGCACAGUCAUUCUGCAAGAUAAGGCCAGUUGUCUCCCCGCUCACAUUUUGUCACCUCCAGAGGGAGCUGUGGUUGUAGACAGCUGUGCUGCCCCCGGCAACAAGACAAGUCACAUGGCCAGUUUAAUGGGAAACAAAGGUACAAUCUAUGCCUUUGACCACAAGGAGGACAGGAUAGAAGUUCUACAAGAGCGGAUGGAGGGAGCAGGAGUCAGCUGUAAAGUGGCCCGCUGUAUGGACUUCCUGAGGGUCAAGACGGACAGCCAGACCUACAGAGAUGUGGAGUACGUAAUGGUGGACCCGUCCUGUAGCGGCUCAGGUAUAGUCAGCCGGUUGGACAGCCUGACGAAUGACGACGCGUCCGUCUCACAGCAUCGUCUUGGCCAACUCCACAAGCUGCAGGCCCAGAUUUUACGGCAUGCCUUCUCCUUUCCAAAGGUUAAAAAGAUUGUGUAUUCCACGUGUUCCAUCAACGAGGAAGAAAAUGAGCAAGUCUGUGAGGAAAUCUACGAAAAGUUCAAAGAGAGAUUCAAGAUAAAAAAGGUUAUGAAAAACUGGCCAGAAAGGGGGAGGGAGGGCUACCAGAAAAGUGACCGUUAUUUACGAGCAAGUCCGACCGCAACACUGACCAACGGUUUCUUUGUCGCCUGCUUCAAACGAAGGAAAAGGAAACAGGAAGUGGGCAGCAUGGAAAAUGGAAUGGAUCAGGAAGAAGUAAGUUCGGAAGACGAUCAAGGAAGUCAGAAGCAGAAUGGAAUGGAUGAUGAGGAAAAGGAAGGUUCGAAGAAAAGGAAAAAACGGAAAGAAAAACAAUCCAGCGAGGAAGGAGGUGAAGAAUUGAUGGAAAUAAAUGAGAAGAAGGAAAAGAAGAAGAAGAGCAAGAAGAGAAAGAGAGAUAUGUAUGAAGAAGAAACACCAGUCAAAAGGAAAGAAGAAGAUAUGGGGGAGAAGAAAGAAGAAGAAAAAGAAGAAGAGGUACUGGAAAGAUCUGUAAAAAAGAGAAAAGAAAGAACAUCCAAGAGCAGCCAUUGUUCAGAUACAAUUGACAUUAGAGACAAAUCAGAAAAAAUGGACACGGUAGAAAGUAUUGCGAGUGUUGGUACAGAGAAUAGCACUGCUAAAAUACACAAAAAGAAGAAGAAACGCUCAAAAGACUAAGAUUUAAGAAGAAAUGUAUUCAUGUGUACAAUAUGUGUUCUAGUGUGUUUUGGGUGAGACUGUGGUUUUAUCAAAUAUUCAUGGAAUUCUGUAUUAUACUAGAUUCUGUAAUUGAGAUUAUGUAUGAAAUUAAUUGUUUACUGAGAAGCAAAUUUUAAUAUCACAUCUUAUUCAUUUGAUGGUGAAGACCAAAGUACCGGUAUGCAAUGUUGUACGUGAUGCGUGUAUGUAUGUAUGUAUGUAUGUGUGAUGUACAGACAUGAUGUGUAUGUAUGUGAUGUACAGACAUGAUGUGUAUGUAUGUGAUGUACAGACAUGAUGUGUAUGUAUGUGAUGUACAGACAUGAUGUGUAUGUAUGUGAUGUACAGACAUGAUGUGUAUGUAUGUGUGAUGUAAAGACAGGAUUUUAUGACAUACAUGUACUUGUACUCAGGAGUACUAGUGUGUGUGUAAAUAAGAUAGGUGUGUUAUACAAUGUUUAUGUAUGAACUGUAUACAUGUAGAUGUACAGACUCAACAAUAUUCGCUGAAUACCAAUAUUUGUGGGUUUUGUUGGUUAGUUGAUCCAAAAAUUAAAUGUUCACUGAAGUUCAUUUUCUAAACCAUCAUAUUCUGUAUGCAGGCAGGGAAAUAUUUGUCUCCAAUUUAUUUUGGCUCUUUUUGUCCUCGUUGUUAUCGACAACUGCAUCUGGGAGAAUUCAAGAAGGGGCAAAACCAUUUACAAAUGUAAAAGGGUAAAAAUAACACAGGGUGAAAAUAAACCCUGUAUACUGUAUUGAUAAGAUCAGCAAUCUUAGCUAUUACAAACUGAUUUUUCACUAAAUCUAUGGAUAUUGGUACUGCUCACAAAUUAGUGAAACCACGAUAUCAUGAGCAGCUGUAUCCAGAAAAAAUUCCCAGGAGGGUCAGAUGAAUAUUUUGGUAAUUUUACCAUGUAAAUUUAAGAAAUAUGAUUUUUAUACCGGGGAGGGGGGG